UUUUCAUAUAAGAAAAUGCCUUCAUGGUGGGACUAUUUGCAAUUUAAUCGACAGUAUCAUAACAAGCGAAACUUAGAAGAAGGUUUAUUUCAAAUAGCCUCACAAACUUGCAAUAUAUUAGUAAAGGUCAACAACACGAAUAAUAUUAAUUUGACGAGAAACAACAGAAGUGACGAGUACGGAUGCGCCGGACCUCCUAAAGGAAAAAGUUCAAUGCAGAUCUGCGUACCCAAGUUUAGAAAAAAUUCUAUCACGGCGGGCUGCAAUCCUGGACUAUCAACUGUGCUAGAAUCAGGGAGUGUGGGGAACGCGUCGUCAUCUGAUGAGGAGUUGGAGCAGUGGGAGCAGAUAUUCAUGAUGAGAGAUGAAAAUGGAAAUAGUUACAAUGAUAAAAGAAAGAAGCGAAGUAUAUGGUGCAGACCUUCAUGCAUCCCAGUGUCAAUAGUGAUAGUUUUAAUAGUGCUAGUUGUACUGGUCCCACUGCUCGAUCAGCCAAACAUCGCACAUGUGCUACCGACCAUUGCUCAUGUUGAUUUGCAUUGCUCAGACGAAUGUAGGUUAUCUUUAGUGGAGAGUAUACCGGAAGGUCACAUGUAUCCUCCAAAUGCAACUCAUAUGCCAACUAAAAAUGCUUGGUUAGAUUUGAUAGAUGAAGCUCAAACGUCAAUAGAAAUUGCCUCUUUGUAUUGGACUCUUAGAUUUAAUGAAGAGUAUCCUUAUAAUUCUUCUAUAGAGGGUGAACAAGUUUUCCAAGCAUUACUUGCAGCUGGUACAAAGAGGAAUAUAGAUUUAAAAAUUGCUCAAAACUGGCCCACAAAGGCAAAUCCUAAUAUAGAUACUGAAUAUUUAGUUAAGAAAAAGGCAGCACAGGUGAGAAGCCUGAACUUCUCUAAGCUGCUGGGCGGUGGAGUGCUGCACACGAAGUUUUGGAUCGUGGAUCGUCAGCACUUUUACAUCGGCAGCGCCAACAUGGACUGGAGGUCGCUGACACAGGUGAAGGAGCUAGGCGUUUUAGCAUACAACUGCUCCUGUCUAGCGACCGACUUGGCGAAGAUAUUCGAUGUAUAUUGGAGUCUGGGUGCAGCGGACGCAGUUGUGCCGGACAGCUGGCCGUCCGAGCUCAGCACGGACAUCAACAUGCAGCAUCCAAUCAACAUAUCUGAUGGAAACAGUACUUUUGGAGCUUACAUAACUAGUUCACCGCCGCCCUUAAGCCCUAAUGGACGAACUAAUGACGACGAUGCGAUCGUUAACAUAAUCCACUCGGCCGAGGAGUUCAUCUACAUCGCUGUUAUGGACUACGGACCGGCACUAGAGUUUGCGCCCAAACUCAAAUUUUGGCCGAAGAUUGACGACGCGAUUCGUCGCGCGGCGCUGGAGGCGCGCGUGCGCGUGCGCAUGUUGAUCAGCUGGUGGAAGCACUCGCAGCCCUCGGAGGAGCACUACCUCGCCUCGCUGGCGGCGCUCGCCAACGCCUACCCGCGCGUCGACAUACAGGUGCGGCGCUUCAUCGUGCCGUCGACGCCGGCGCAGGACAAGAUCCCGUUCGCUCGCGUCAACCACAACAAGUACAUGGUGACGGAGCGCACGGCGUACGUGGGCACGUCCAACUGGUACGGCGACUACUUCGUGGACACGGCGGGCGCGGCGCUGGUGUCGGAGCGCGGCGCGCUGCGCGGCCGCCUGCGCGCCGUGUUCGAGCGCGACUGGGCCUCGCCCUACGCCGUGCCGCUGCGCGCCUUAUAACGCCGCGCUGCUCUCUUCGACCCGAUACGUGCAGCCAAAAUUACUAUCCGUAACCUUAGGGGAGAUGCCCCACAGGAAUCGCUGAGCUUUUUGAUCAGUGAAAAUUUCGAACAGUUCUAUACGUUGUGAAAUAAUUUGAAUUCUAAAUUGCAUUUAUCAACAUAAUUGUGUAGAUUGUACGGUUAUUAUAUUGAUGCAUUUUUUGCCUUGAUUUAGAUUUAAUCGAUCGUUUUUGGUAACCUAAUCGACAUAGGUGUAUUAACAAAUAUUUACAGCUGUAUUCGAUAUAAUCGAAGAAUGAAAUAUUAUAAGAUCUAAAAUCGUCAGGUGUGACUUCGUUACAGUGUGAAUAAACCUUCAAAUAUUCCAUACUUCGUGAGUCGGUAGGUAGUUAAUAUAGACUUAAGUUUUAUCAAAACGCAUUUUCCAUUUUUACAUAAUAAAAAAAAGAUCUUUGAUGUUAUCGUUACAAUCGUGCCAAAGAUUUUUAUUCUAUGAAUAAAUCUUACAAUCUGCCGAUUUUGUGUUCCGUAAUAAUUCGACACUUAGAAGUAAUAGUAAAUGACGUCAUAUAAAUUAUAUGACGCAAAACACUAAGUUACAAUAUUAUAACUAACAGUUCACAAUUAUAAUAACGCUAGAUGCACAUACAGGAAGAGUAACAUAUUUCUUAAUAAAUAAAUAUAUUUAUUUUAUACUAUUUUAAUAAUAAUGUUAAGAAAUCGUAAAAGCAAACGGGCCACUUGUAAAGUGGUCACCUUCGCUCAUAGACGCUGACGAAGCAAUAAGUAUUAACUAAAAGUUUUACUUAGUAGUACUUACUAGUAUUUCUUGCUGGAAAAACGCAUUAUGCGUUUCCCUCACGUGAAGUGGGGGGUAUUAUCGACUCGUCGGUGCCCAGGACGCCUAGUACACCGGAAUACCUACAAAAAAACUAGCGGUACCCUCUCUGUUUCUUCGGCUAACCGCGCUCGGGAGUAGAAUUACUUGAGGUCAAUAAAUAAACAAUUCUCUAUGGGCGUUGCGUUUGUUUAAAAUAAGUAAAAGUACACAUAAGGCUUUUUGCUAUAUGGACGAUGAAAAGUUUUUAACUGAGGGCUGUUUUAAUUGCCUAAAUAAUACAUAGUGUGUAAAAUAUCUCUCACGAUUAAUAAUACUUGUACUUACGUUACAUUAAAUUUAAGUUUGAACAUCUCGCGUCUUUCUAUUGUUUGUUGCCAAUUAUUAAUAGUAAGUAUUGUCCUGUAAAUAAUGUCAAUGAAUUAUUUUCAUUAAUAUUUCUUAAUAAUAGAAUAUUAGUUGUGGAACUCAAAACCUAUCGUUAGUGUAUGUUGUCUUUAAAUAUUUGAAUUGGCUUGUACUUAACCGUGAAACGAAACGCAUUGCGUGCGUGCCUUCUCAAAACGUGUGAUCAGAUCGUUGUUCGUGGUUUGGUGUAGAUUUUUAUAUAAUCUAGAGGUAUAUAUAUAUAUAGUAUAAAUCUAAGUAGAUAUAUUUAUUAUCGCCUCCCUUGCGUCGUACACACAUUCAGACAGAACAUUAAUAUUGCUAUAUUGCUUACAAGCAUAUAUUAUAUUGUUGCUGUCUUUAGUAAAAGACCCGUAGGCAAUACUCAUGUAAUAUAAAACCUUCAUGAUGUUAAACUUUGUUAUGUUAAGGAUGAUAAAACAGUUUUUUUUUUGUAUUGAAAAUAUUUUUAUAUUAAAAGUAUUACGUUGGAUGUUAUUGAAUAAUAUUGUAUUUCAUUAGUUUACUAUCAUUUAUACUUAGAAUUAUAUAUGACAAAUAAUUCUCAAUAGUAAUUGUUAUUGAUGAAUGUAAAAUUGUUAACAUUUCUUAAAAUAGCGAUAUUGAUUAAGCUGUUAUUCUUAGAACAUAUCAUGUAUACGUUUAUAUAAAGUAUGUACUAUAAUUUGAAAUUAAAUGAUUUUUAUAAAACUGACAAACUACAAUAUAAAACUGGCAAAGGAUAGCUCAAUUACAACUGAUGACAAUAUAACCUUCGGUCAGGAGUUAGUCAAGAGGCUGAGCAGUACGGUUUGGUAGCGCGUACUGUUAUUAAACCGACGGCUAUCUCCAAUUGGUUACUAAUAAUAAUUAAAAAAAAAAGAUUUUUGACGAUAACAACACCCGGUCUAAAAAAAUAAAUUAUAAAACAUGAUAGAACUGGUUGUUUUACUAACGGUACAAAGAUUUAUUUGUAAUAACUGAAAAUUCUUUUUGUUGUGUUUUUCUGUUCGACAUUUAUACAUCAUGAUUAUAUGCAUCAUCCUUAAAUCUUUUGAAGCGACACAGACAAUGUAAAAGUUAUCUAUUAAGUGUAAGGUUAACUGCUAUAAUAUAAAAAUAUUUAACAAUUCUAUAUUUAACAAAUUACGCAUUACUAUAUAUAAGGCGUUAAUCGAUGACUGAUAUUUUCACUCGUACUAUGUUUGCACGUAUUUCUGGUCGAUAUAUAAACCUGUACGUAAUAUUAGAGGUAUUGGUAGUCGUUGCAAAAAAAAAAACAUCUCAUAGAGUAAAACGAAAAGAUUUUCUUGUGCAACUUUAUAUUAGUCAAAUAUUAAUAUAUUGUUAAGAUUCUAUUUUUGUAGAAAAAAUGUUUCUAUGAAAUUAUAACCUGAAAUCGAAUGUCUCUGACCAGUUGCUACAAACAUAUGUACAAAUUAUAUCUUUUGCCUUAAAAUUAUCCACACUAGAUAUAGUCAAUUUGAUGUGUGAAUCGUUUUUUUUUUGUGUUCGAAAGGCGUUUAAUUGAGUUUUUGAUAUCUGUUUCUAGAAUAAGGUUUCGAAAGCAAUAGCAAUUUUGUAUUCAGAGACAAUAUGCGUGAUACUUGUUCUAAAGUUGUAAAUAAAUUACUUCU